UCACUGGGCCCCCCGAUGUGUGGGGGUGCCGAGCGCAGAACGAGCCCCCGGCUGCUCAGGCGCAGGCGCCCGGUUCCGGGGGCUGGGGAGCCAGGCGAAGCUGGGCCGGACGCCUGCAGCUUUCGCUUUUCGUUGGCCCGGGUGCGGGCUCGGGGCAGGCGCGCCCCCCGCCCCCGCGGCCGCGGCCCCGCCCCUCCGUUUCCUCCCGGGUGUGUGGCACCGCGGCCGCUCGGCGACAGAGGAGCGGGAGCCGGCCCAGCGGCGGCAGCAGCGAUGGCAGGGAAAGAGUUGGAACGGUGCCAGCGGCAGGCGGACGAGGUGACGGAAAUCAUGCUCAACAACUUCGACAAGGUCCUGGAGCGCGAUGGAAAACUGGCAGAGCUGGAGCAGCGUUCUGACCAACUCCUGGACAUGAGCUCAGCCUUCAGCAAGACAACCAAGACCCUGGCCCAGAAGAAGAGCUGGGAGAACAUCCGAUGCCGGAUCUACUUGGGGCUGGUGGUGGGUGGCGGCCUGCUCGUCAUCCUGAUUGUGCUCCUGGCCAUCUUUCUCCCACAGAGCAGUGAGGGCAGCAGUGCCCCACAGGCCCAGGACGCAGGCGCUGCCUCAGGGCCUGGGGACUGACCCAGCUGGGCCUGAGGAGAGGCCGAUGGCCAUACUGGCUGGUUCUGGUCUCCAGAAAACCCUGGUGUUUGCUCCCACCUGAGCCACCCAACUGAGUGCUGAAGAGCAUCCCUGAUGUGUGCACCUUUGCAUCUCCUAUCACGCCACAGACUGGCCCUUGAGGGCAGCCUGCUGCACUGGCCAUGCCAGGCCAGCCCCACCUGGAGCUCAGUAAAAGCUGCUGUUUGGUUAAAA